AGACCGAGGGGAACCCGGCAGUCUCCGCUGGCACACCGAGCUGCGUGUUACCGUUCCUCGCUUGCUAUCACGUUCUCUCGCCGUAAUCAGCGUCGACGCGCGUCCGAUCCGACAGACCGAGGCCGCGGCGGCACGUCGUCGCCGCCACCCACGCUCCCACAAGCCGCACACUACCUCAACCGACCCAGCUCUUUCGCCCACCACCGUGCACGCUGUCACGGCUCUCGACGCGCUCUCGCGCUCCCGUACACACACACACACACACAUACACACACACAUAUAUAUACACACAUGCAUACACACACAUACACCCAUACACAUGCACAUACUACCGUACACACACUGAAACACGCGUAGACACACGCGUAAACAGAGACACCGGAACACAGACUCGACCAAACAGUGAAACACGGUCUCACCUACACUCGACACACAGCCAAACGCACGCGUAAACAUACACGUGCGUGCGAGAGGAGAGACGACACGCGCCGCCUGAUCGCAUCCGCGCGGCCGCCGCCGCUGCCGCCGCCGCCUCCGACGCCGUUUCCCGGCUACCAAGGAUAAAGGAAGCGACCCGCGGGUGUCCGCGGGCAGUGCAAGCUGAUCGGGGCCGGCACACGCGAUCCACGUUUCCCUCCUGUCAAGAACACGUGCGUAACAAGGUUGGAGCAACGGGUAGACACGAGACAGCGCAGAACUACGGCAAAACCACGCAAGAUCCAUAGAAGAACCCGGACGCUCGGCUGACUGCGAAUAGUCCGCGACCUAAGCCCGACGGCUUUGAUUCGGCGAAUCAACGGGCGUUGGUAGCAAGACGGCCGAUCGUGUGAGCGUCCUCGGUCCAAUUCCGCGGCUGCCACGACCAGCAACAGCCCGAAGAUUCUCCCAGCAAAGGGCAAAAUGCACAUCGAGGUGCAGGUGGCGCUCAACUUCGUGAUAUCGUACCUCUACAACAAGCUGCCUCGCAGACGGGUGAACCUCUUCGGCGAGGAGCUCGAGAAGGCGCUCAAGGACAAGUUCAAGGGUCACUGGUACCCGGAGAAGCCGUUCAAGGGCUCGGCGUUCAGAUGCUUGAAGACCGGCGACCCGGUGGACCCAGUGCUGGAGCGGGCCGCGAAAGAGAGCGGCGUGCCGAUCCAGGACAUCCUGGAGAACCUUCCGGCGGAGCUGGCCGUGUGGGUGGACCCCGGCGAGGUUAGCUACCGCAUCGGCGAGAUGAACGCGGUGAAGAUCCUCUACUCCGAGACCGGGGACCCUCACGACGAGAGCUCGGCGGACCGCGAGGUGACCAAGACCUUCAACCCCGAGGCUCAGUGCUUCAGACCGAUCGAGGCGGUCGGCACGUCCCUCAGCGGGCUCAGCCUAAGCCCCAAGUCCACGUCGCCAUUCCCGAGCUCGCUGGGCAGCAACGCCAGCAACGGGUCCUCGAACAACCAGCAGAACGGUCACGGGUCCGGUUCCUCGUCGGCGCCGUCGCCAACGCCGAUCACCAGCUCCUUCAAGGGCUCGCCUAGCCCCGUGCCAGCUUUCAUACCGCGCACCACCGCGCCGCUCACUUUCACCACCGCCACCUUCGCUCAGACCAAGUUCGGCAGCACCAAGUUGAAAACCAGCAGCAAACGAGCCAACAGAAUGUCUCCGACCGAGUUCUCGAACUACAUCAAGCAACGCGCGAUGCAGCAACAGAUCCACCAUCACCACCACCAUCAGCAGCAGCAGCAGCAGCAACAGCAGCAGCAGCAGCAACAACAGCAGCAGCAACAACAACAGGCGGCGGCCGGCGGUCUGCCGGUGUCCCGGAGCACUCCUCGAAGCCGCAGCCUGUCGCCUGGCAGCAUAGUGGCAGGUGCCGGUCAGCAGCACACGGACCCGAGCGCGUACUUCUUCCAGCACGGACCGGCCGCGUACCAUCCGCAGUUCCCGCACCGCAGCAUGUUCGAGUCGUCGAGCCACGGCGGCUACCUGUCCGCCGACCUGUACACGGGCGCGAACUUCCCGUCCUCGUACCUGGACCCGACGACGAUCGCCGGCCACCAAUUCUACGGCGGCAGCGUGAACGGGACCGGCAGCACGGCCGGCAGCACCGGGAACUCGCAGAGCGCUGCGAGCCUGGGCCCGGUCGGCUCCGCCGCGGCGACCAGCAACGUGAACGGCACCGCUCAGCAGCAGGACAAGACGGCGCUGGUCGACGGCCUGAACAAUUUCGGCCUCGGCUCGGUCGCGUCGUAUCCGGCCAGCCAGUACCAGCACCUCCUCGUCGCCAACUAAUACAACGCGCGAGCCGAAGCCAAGAAAGCGUCGCGGCUCGAGCCGCGGCCGAUCUUCGGCGCUGCUGCUGUAGCUGCGAUUUUGCCAGAGAGGAAACUCCUUCCUCUGGAGUGGAGGAUCAGAGAGACGGAAACGGAUUUCCAGUCUCUCCAACAAUGUGCCGAGGCGUCGUCCAGGGACUAGGUUCCGUAACCCAGAUCACACACACCCGAUCCGCUUGCACCAUCUGAUCCGACGAGAUUCGCCGCGCCUCUGACCGGAGCCGGCGGGCCCUCCUGCUCACCCUAGUUCCCAGCUCUGUCUCUCUCCAGAGGUACCACCCCGACAGACACACAACACAGCCUCACCGUCGCCAGGCUAGCUAGCUAGCUACGAGCUCCGGGUGGUGGUCGUCGCCCAGGAACACGCGAGAGGGUCGACGGGCUCUCUCCGUUCGCUUGACCGCUUUCGAAGGAUUCUCGUCGAGGUCGGUCCCGUGGCUGACCCCGUGCUCCAGGGGGUGCGUCCAGGUCAUAGAAGACAUCGGAGUGACGUCGCUACAUCGCGAGGGUACUCGGCGACGAAGAUGCGAGCGGAUUCGUGAGAAAGGAGAGAGAGAGAGAGAGAGAGAGAGAGAGAAAAGAAUACGAGAGUAAACGAGUAAAAGAGUAAAAGAGUGAAAGCGUAAAAGAGUAAGAGAGAGAGAGAGAGUUAGAGAGAGAAUGAGAGUGAAAGGACGUGUACACAGAUUCUAUAGAUCGGUGCGCCUGUGUGCUGAAGCGUGCGUGCAACGCGUUGACGAAUGAGAAGCAAAGAUUGAGGUGAAAGAGAGAGAGAGCGAGAGAGCGAGAGAGCGAGAGAGCGAGAGCAAGAGAGAGAGAGAGAGAGAGAGAAUACUUUUCGACACCCAGCGAGUUCGCGAGGGUCUCGCGAGCAAGACGAAGCGACCGGCUAACGCAGAGCCGUGUGUACCAACGUUCGUCGCACCCGAGACAACAAAUCUCCUCGACCAGCCGCGAUAUCCAGGUCUCCUUUGUAUCGUUCUGGUCCGAGAGAACCGAAGGACGCGUGCGCUUCGCAGCGCCCACACCCGCGAAAGCGAGAAAGAAGAACGCCAAGAGUGACACACGCGUGCACACCCACUACCCACACUCACACGUACACACACGGCCCCAGACCCACAUGCGAUGGGACAGAGAAAGAGGGAGGGAAAGAGAGAGAAAGAUAGAGAGAGCGAGAGAGUGAGAGAUGGAGAGAGGAAAUCUCGGCCACCCGGCACGGCAUUUUACCUGGCGACACAACCAUUCUGAUACCAUUAAAACGUACACAGAGAGGACACCCUAACCGCGCGGGGGCCACACACCGCUCUCUGGGGGGACUGGACACUUUCGCGCACGACUUCACCAACACGUACACAGAUAUUACCAACGUGUAAUAAUUUAUUUUUUCACUGGUAUAGUCGGAGAAUUGAUAAUGAAUAUAUCUGUAGAGCCUAUGUAUUAUAUUCAAGAAUAUGCACUCACUUCACGGGUUCUAGCGAAACGGUUCGGAACUACUUGUAAACCUAAGACAAAGCGACGUCGAUCACUCUGACGAUCACGAGGGGAGGAAAACGGGAGAGCGAGGGAGGGGGGAGGGUGUGAGAGACAAGGAUGAGAGAGUGAGAGAGAGAGAGAGAGAGAGAGAGAGAGAGAGAGAGAAGCAGGCGACGACUCGUUCCCUUUGGAACCAUCAGCGAACCGGACCAGGACCAGCGGGGAGACGGGGCAUCCGUCUUUCUUGAACGAUCGAGGGGGGGGACGAGGACCUGGAACGGUCGCGAGCCCCCUUCCCAAACAACGGGGACGAUUCGUUCGCCGAUCGAGUCGCUGAAACUCGCAGUUCCAUACCGUUCGGGAUAACUCGUCCUCGGUACGAUUUUACAUUUUAUUUUUAUAAUAAAUGCAGUAGAGCGUAGGAGAGAAGACGAGGGGAGGAGAGUAGGCGGGGUAUGAAGACAGGCGGCGUGUUCGUAGGAAGAAACGAUCCUGGCUGCGCUGCGACUCCUCCGGACGCGCGAUCGCUCCUCGAGCUCGAUCCCCCCCCCCCAAAUUAAUUAAUUUCGCGCGGGACGGGCGGAGUUUCGUUCCGAGCUUGUUUCCAGAGCUAAUCGGCCGGCCGCUGUUCGACUGUUGCGAGCUUAUGUCGCGGGAAUCGACGAUCGGAAACUGAUUUCUUCGACGGAAGACGUGUGUUUCUUCGACGUGUUCUAUCAACUUCCAGUACUUCAGGCUUUUUACUUAUUUUGGAAAUAACGUUUGUCGAACGGAUUGUUCCCCCGCGCAAACUGAAACGCGGGAAUAUACCGUCGUAAUACGCUGCGGCGGGUUAAUCGCCGCGAAAAUGAAUCUGGACGAUAAUUUCGCUCGUCCCGGACGUUCGACGCGGGCUCAAGAUGGCCGCCGACGGUUCGAUAUUAUCGGGCAACAUCCUCGGCUCGUCAAAGUUCCCCAAGAGUUGGCAAACUUUCCUAAUUCCGUGCUAUCGAACGGCGGGCUUCAAUUUCUCGCUGUCCCAUCGAUCCCGAGGCCGCCCGUCCAAACUUCCGCGUCGUUUCUUCUGGACACGAGGAUUUCCGGGGACGCCUCGCGUUCUUCGGGAUCCCGAACCGAGCACCCGGAGCGUCCCCGUGACGGCCGCGCGACGCGGUACGCGAGGAGGAGCCGGCAACCAGCCUGUGGUCGCGAGAUUAAUUAGGUGAUUACGUUAUUAAAGACCGCCGUUGCUGUCCUCGACGGAUGGAGCACGAUGACUCGCCCCCCGCGUUUCCGUCACGCUUCUAACGUCGCAUGCUUUAUGGGGGUUCUGGGAGACGACGAUCAGACGAUUCUCGUUUCAAAUACACCAUCGAGUCUCGAGAAUUAUUCAUAGUUUGAUACGAAGCGUUUCUCUUGUCUAGCGAUAGUGUUUUCUAAUCGUUCCUUUGAUAUCGACGUUCCAGACAAGUCUCAUCCGUGAUCCAUCGUAUUACUCUUAGAUUUCCAUGAUGUGUAACAAGUCUUUUCGAAAUUAUUCACCGAAAGGAAAUUGUCGAGCUUCCGUUGGACACAGUUCAGUCAUUGAAAAGCCUGUUAACCCUUCGCGGAUCUUUCAAAGUAUCCAAAAUCCGAUUCCUCGGAGAACUAGAUUAUGCAUCGAAGACUUAAAUAAUAGAAGAAGAAGAAACCAGAUAAUGCAUCUUGAUCUUUUCUUACGCGUAUCAUAAAAUUGCUUGCAACUCCUGGGAUAAGAUGCACGGUCCACGUGUAAUCGGUACGCCGAAGGAUAAACUCGGUAAACGAAGUGUUAAUUACUUAACAAUAACUUAACAAUAAUCCUUUGGUAUUUUAUAAAGUAGAUCGACGAUUAGAGGGAUCAUCGUCGAAGACGCGCCCGCAUUGCUCAAGUUCUGAGAUUCCAUAGAACCACAAACGUAUCGAAAUCGGUGACUAAUAAUUGCGAACGGAAUCGUUCGACUCGCCAGGACCCCAUCGUCUCCGGUCAGUUGUCAAAUGAUUCUCGAUUUUGCGUAAGCGUUUCAUCCCGAUCGAAUAAUCCGUUCUCGGGGCGUAAGAUAGAGAUCGGGUCUGUCCGUCGGGCGGCGACAGCGUAACAGCAAUGGCGGCGGAGGUGCCGUGAGCCGCGGGCCAGGCACUAGGUGCUAAAAGUAUUAAAAAGUGUUAAUCUUGUCGUCGUGGGACAAACGUACGGAAUACGCGCGGCCGGAGACUGUCGACGUGCUCGCGACAGAGCCCCGAGGCUCGUCCGAAGGAAGCGGAAAACGGGGGCGGAGGCUUCCUUCUUCCGUCGAUCCGCUCGAUCCGGCGCGCGCGACCUCUCUCCUUAGACUAGUUUCUACCUUAGCGUGACUUUGUAUCGUGUAAGUGUGUAGCAUAAUUUCUAUAGGCGUGACCGUUCAUCGUUCUUUCGUACGAAUUUUUAUAUAGCCCGUUUUGUAUGAUCGACAGCAGCAGUAGCAGCCGCAGCCGCAGCCGCAGCCGCAGCAGCAGCUCCCUGAACUGCUGGCCGCGAUCGACGACGGAUCGCGGUCGAACCGCGGCGGAUCGAGGCCCGCGAUCUACGCCGUCCGGAUCCCGGUUCGUGAAAAGAAAAAAAAAGAAAAUAAAGAAAUCGUUUGUUCGAAGGUGUCCGGUGUUCAAUCGAUCCGUGGUUACCGCGUUCUAACCGAUGGGGCAGAGCCCUCGAUCUCGAUCAUCGAUGCGAAGAAGUAAACGGUUUAGAAAAUUGGAGAAAAUUCGAGAAAAAAAAAGAAAAAAAGAGAGAAAGUAAGACGAGAUAUCAUCGAUCGGAUCGAAGAGCGAUUUCGAUUCGGCGACGCGCGUUCCUCGGGUCUACAAAAGUCCAUUUAAAGGGUCAGACACUUUCGAAUUAGGGAAAUUAUUAGACAGAAAUUGAUGUAGGUCGCUCGAACGCGGGGCCGCUAGCGAGCCAGUCGGCAGCGGGUUUAAUUAAUUGGUCUCCGGCCGCGCGGGGGGUGCUAAACAAUGUUUUUAACUGCGGAACUAAUAAGGGUAGAGGGGAGUGAGAGGCGCGGGAGCUGUGGCGAGAGGGGACAAGGCGAGAGAACAGUACCCUUUAGUAAUAUCUAAACUUAAUUGUAACUAUUAACGAUACGUACGACUGUGGUAGCUAUGCUAGUACCUGCUAUUGUUAAAGAGAGAGCGAGAGAGAAAGAGAGAAAGAGAGAGAGCGCGCGAGAAAGAGAGAGAAAGAGAGAUCAAGGAAGAAUGUGUGAGAACGGUGGGAGUGAUCGAAAGUAAUCGCGACAUUGGAUUGGAAACCGGCGGGAUCGACGUCCAUCGAGGUUCUCGAGCAUGGUUGGACAGCUGGUCCAGCUGAUCGUUUGCCGAUUCUGCGAGGAACUGGCGAAACGAUCCGAUCGAUCCCCAGGCGAAAAGAUCGUGAUCGACGCUGGAUAGAUCGCGCGGUCGGCCGCGAGACGACGAGACGCAAACCCGACAACCGAUUAUUUUUCUAAUCUUUGUAAUCGAAUCGAGAACGAGGCCCGAGUCACCUGAAAUCUUCGAUUCGACCCGAACGAUCACGAUUUCGCCGCGGUCUCGGCGUCUCGGGGCGACGUCGCGACGGACGUGAGGAGCGGGCAUAGGCGCAGGAAGGACGAUUAGAGUGGGGGAGAGGAAGGAAAGCGAGAGAGCAAGUGUUGCAAUAAAUUGCGAAUCAAAUGGAUCUCGGCUUGAGACGAGAGGCUCAGCUCAGCGAAGAAUCAAACACACGAUGUAUACUCUUGUAGAAAAUCCAAAAAAAAAAGAAAAAAGAUAAGAACGGAUUUCGAGAUGAUUAGAGUGGUGGACGACGAUAGGGAGGGAGAGUUAGAGAGAAUGAGAGAGAAAGCGAGAGGGGAGGAACGAGUCGUGACGAGAGGGGCGAGACGGGGAUUGUAGGGUGUAACGAUGACGGGAUAUAUUGAUAGAGCAUACAUUGAGAUACACAAAACAAAAAACAUAUAGUAUUAUACGAUUACAAUACGAUUGUAACGAAACACUUUGUAAGCGACGAAGCAAGCAGAAAAAAAGAUAAGAAUUACGCAUAGUUUUCCAUAAUCUGUAAUGGAUGUAUUCGUUAAAACGGGAGGAUAUUGAGAAGGGCGGUUAAGAUAAAACGAGAAACAAUGAUCAGAUACACUGCACACGCACAGACACACGUACUACACACCGACACGGACACGUACACAGGUUCUACACGCUGUUCAUACACACGAGGACAGGGCGAGAUGGAGAACAAGAGAGAGAGAGAAAGAAGAAGAUAGAGCGAGAGAGAAAUAGAGAGAGAAAGAGAAGAGAGAGACAUACACAGCGAAGUUCGAAGCAACCCUCGGGCACACGACACAACCAUGAAGACGCAAACGACAAAAGAACAAAAUAUAAAAAAAAUGAAACAAAGCAUAAACGAUAAGAAAACAAUGAUAAGUAAACGUGACACGUAACAAUGGCGACGUUAACGAACGGUAAUCUGUCUCUUUAAAGUAUCAUGUGUCUAUAAACUAUAGCGAUCGAUAUUGUCUCUUUAACCGUAAAUGGUGAAAACCAAGUAACCAAAUGGUAACGUAAAUAAUGUCAUAGCGAUAACCGAACACUGCAAUAUUAGAUAUAAUAUAUAUUCAUACAUUUAUAGAAGGGAGAAAGAGAGAGAACAUUGUCGGGGAAAUGAGGAACAGCAAAAAAAAGAAAUAAGAGAAAACAGAGAACAAGGAAGCGAAACGAACCGGAAAUAUGUGCACAGUCCGGAGCGAUGGAAAUGUGACUGAAAAAAGAAAAGGAGAAAACAGAAAGACGAAAGAAAGAAAGAGAAGAACGGAACAAUGGAACGGGAGAGAAAGAAAGAGGAGGAAACAGGCUGUGGAGCGCGACACGAGGGAGAAAGGGGGAGCGAAAAAAGGGAAAAGCCAGAAACGAGUGUUCGAAGUGACUCGUUUCGCGUGACGCUUUUCGGGAGAGGAAAAUCCCGGAAGCGAGAAGGAAAACGCGGGCGGCGACUGUGUGCAUGCGCGAACGGAAGCGGGCACGAUCUCCAGAGUACACUUUUCAAAGAGAAGCCGUUUCACGAUGAAAAUAAUAAAAAAAAAAGAUGAGAAAAACGAGAAGAAAACCGAACAACAACGGGAAAACGCAAAACGCAAACCGCAAGGAUGAGAGAACAAUAUUAUAUACGUUCUGUGUAUCGGACACACUCCAAACCAUUCACGAACCACGCGCAGACACGAACGAACACACACACACACACACACACACACACACACACACGAGAGGAGGGAGAACACGCAAACCCACAUAAAGAAAAGACCCAAAAAAUACCUAUCGAUUAUCUACCAAGUAAUGAAUUAACAAGAGGAUGAUAAUUAGAUUUGUAACUAAUUACAUAUAUAUUUUUCAAUACUUUAACUACUUGCUGAAUGUAAACUAUAUACAUACAAUUAUAUAUUAUAUAUAUUAUAUAUAUAUUAUAUAUACACACACGUGAGACGCGUAGAGCUGUUCCCCGAUGGCGGCGCGGCGCGGCAACGGGGGGUUGGUUCCGUCGACUUUCGGUGCCUCCGGUGGGGGCGAGGGGGGAGAUGAGAGGAUCGCGGAACCACAGCGACUUCCGGCCGAGAGAUCGCGUUUCGAGGCCGUCCGGGUCGCGCCGGAAGUCGACGGACGCGAUUCGGAUCGCGCGGCGCGUACGGUGGGUCGGCGUUUACCCGGCCAUCGCCGCCAUUAACGACACCGGGGCAGAGGUCUACGCGCGAGAAAGAACCUUUUUGUACCCCACCCAAGUCACACUCUCGGUGUCGAAAUGAUAAAAACAAAAACAAGCAACUAUGUUACUCGUGUAAGUGCAUCCUAAAUGUAAAACUGUUACGAAAUGCCCCUUCUCCGAAGCCCCACCCCAGGCCCCAGUCUUCAUCGUUUCGUACGUAGCAAGAGGGAUGAAAAAGCGGCAGAGAAAUGUGAAAGUGUGAUCAAUUGACACGUUCGAGUACAGAGAGAAAGAGAAAGAAAGAAA